AUGCCAUCGCGUUGGUUUGCUCAAAGCGAGGUCGCCCCUGGUACUAUCAUCCAGAUUAGGAAGGCCAGGUGGGUAAUUCGCGAGGUAGCUAGUGAGCACUGCUUCCAGCUCAACCCGGACGAUCUGCGGGACAAACAUGACCCCUCCUUGGCCUGUACUCGUCUCGUUUGCGAGACACAUGGACCGGAUGGCCCUGUUCAGGGUCACAUGCGUUAUUAUAAGCAGAUUUCCAUUGAAGGAACUGAAGCUGGACCUCCAACCACACGAGCCGAGCAAGCAGAAUCCUUUUGUCCGAUUGAACUAAAGCACCUACGCACCUUGACCCAGAAGAGAUCAACCAUCACCCCCCGUCUGCUGGACAGCAAAGAAGACAAGCAGGAUAAUACUGGCUUUGUUCCCGGCGGGUUUGUCACUUGGGUUGUUUGGGAAGCGGUACCAGGACUCCAACUGGGUAAUGAUGUCGGUUCUGCGCCAUUCUGGGGUUUGAGUCGGGACGAGCGGGAUGCAGUGCGUCAAGCAUUCAAAGAGAGCAUCUGCAAGCUUGAGAUCUGGGGACACCUACCUUACCCUGAACACGCUAAAAACCUUGUGUGGGAUUCCACCACGGGCAGUUUGUACUAUGUUGGAUUCCUCCUCACCUGCAAGGGCGAUCCACGAGCUGUCUGGUCUCCUGCCAAAUGGGCAGGAGGCGAUAUUAAUACAGAUGGAGUUCAUAUGACAAUAUCCAGAUCGUUCUACACCGUCCAUCUGUUCGAUAUAUUCGUUGUCUACCAUUUUCUUCAAGUUGGCGCAACUACGAUGCGGGCCCGACUAGCUUCGAGCAGUGCAAGCAGUAUGAUCGGCGUACCUGUAGCAUAUUGCCGCGGUAUUCCAAGACCCUUCUCACGGCGCAGAGUGCUCAUGCAGCAGCCUCUGCAGGGACACUCGCAACAUCAUCUGGGGGUUCUUCACAGUCGGUAA